AUGGCCAUGCGGCUUCUCAGAGCACGACUACAUCACGUUGAUAACCAUACGUACUUCGAAUUCGGCGUCACCGGCCACCUUGCGCCCUACACGUACGCUUCGAAAAUCUGCCAACCGUCGUCAGGAGCCCGUAGACUUCAGACUUUCAUCGGACAACAUGGAAAGAUGCAGCUCACCGCAAGGUCUCUCAGCUCAGCAGCAGCUCAAGCAUUGAUUCUCGCUGCAUACUUUGCAAGACCGAUGUUGCCUUUGCUGAUCGAGAAGAGUAUGGAAUAUUAUGCUCGGCUUCUGGAACGUAUGCCAUCCGCCGGCUUGGUACUCAUUCUCGGCUGCACCUGUACCUUUGCCGUCACCGCAAAUCGCCAACUUACGCGACGAAGCGACCGCGAGUUUGCCAGACGACGUCGACGUGCGGCAAGCAAGACUGUCACAAUCAGCAGGCCCCGUGACAUACAAGAUUGA